UUAGCUAUUUGUUAAAUUUAAUUGCAUUCAUAUCUUAUUUUUUAGUUACAAUACUUUAUAUUACUUUACAUAAUUUAUCUAGUUUCAAUAUAUGAUAUAACUAUAUCGUUUUAGUCCUUUUUGAAAAAGAUUGUGUCUUCAGAAAUGUAUAUAUAUGUAUAAACACAAUAUGUUUUUCAGUGUGUUUUUGUUUCCUCCUCUUAUGUAUGUACAUAAUAUAUAAUACAAUAGAAAGAUAAUUUAUGUAACUAACAAUAAUAUAUUUUUGAAGCACAUAUUAUGAAUAUAAAAUGAUAUAUUUCAUUUUACUUUCAUUUUUAUUAUAUUAGCAUGUACAUACAUAGAAUUUUCUCAUCACUUAUACAUUCAUCUUUUUUUCUUUUCUCCUUUUUAACAAAGAAAAGUAAUUUUUAGUAUUAUACAUUAGUUUAGCAAUAUUUUGUAGCUAUUUCAUUAAUAUGACAUUUAUUAAUCUUGGUAUAAAUUAUAGUCAGUAUAACACAUGUUUUAUUAAUAAUUAUUUAGAAAAUAUCACAAAAAAGAUAUUUGACCUUAACCCAUGCUUAAUAAUACGCGAUGUUUCUUGUACUGUUAAUAACAUAUCUUACAAAAUGGGCCAACGAAACGAGGCAUAUAUAGUAUGAUUAAUAUGUACACUUUGAAGUAACAUUCAAAUAAUUUUUGAAAAGAAAAUCUUCAAAUGUUGAGAAGAAAUGUUCCACGACUACAUGAUUAUUAUUGAUCUCACAUAUUUGUAUACAUUUUUAUGAAUAAGGAGUAUUUUGGUAUCUAAGCAGAAGUUGAAGUACACUUUUGUGUACUUCAACAAAUAUCAUAAGUUCUGAAAGUAUUUUAUACUAUAGCGCAUGCGUUACUAAAGUCUGAGAUGCAAACUAUCGUAUCUCUUUGUGUACUUACGUCGAUAGUUUUGUAUAUUUCUUUUCACGAAAUUGGUAGCCUGUGACCUUUUAAUUUUAUGUAUUUUUUAAAUGUAAUCAAUUCGAAUACCUACUGGGUUCAACUUCAUCUUUAAUCGUAUCCAAAAACAUUGAGUAUGUUAGCGGUUACGAAUAAAAGUGGCAACAUUGCCUGUCGCUUGUUUAGGUUGCGGUGUUGCAGAUACUUCAUGAACGAGUAUCACAGUGUGUAUCUUCGUUUCUGACAUUUAUCGUAAAUAUAACGUAUUUUUAUAAGACAAAGAGCAUGUUCAACAUUGGUUGAAGACUGGCUGCAUUAUAACAUAACUGAAAUGCGACGCCAUAUUGCUAAACUUCGUGUGCAGUCGUUGAAUUUCGUUUGGACACAUGUCGGGACCUAUGUUCAGCAGUAUUCGUUCAAUAGAGAAGCUUGUCAAGAAGCCCGCCUUUCUGAAUAUACAUUUUUCGUAGAUUAAAUCAUAAUUAUUUUAAUAUAUUAUCAUUUUGUAUAAACUGUAGCUAUUUGUGUUGUGUAUUUGUAUUUGAUUUUAUAAACAAACAGUAUUAUUGACUUGAAUCUCCUAAAGUUUUAAAACGUUAAAAAUUAUUACAUGAGUAGCUUGUGACAUUGUCUUACAUAUUAUAUAUUUUGUAUGAUGGAAGCUUUAAGAAGUGAUAUAUUACAUACUCCUGACUCUAUACAUUCUUUGUCUUGUAUUAACGCACAUAAUAUUGAUGAACUAUCAAAAGAAAAAGAAGAGGAGUUAUUAUAUAGUACAGGUGAUGAUGGUGAUGAAGAAGAUGCUCUUUCAGAUGAUAGUAUGCGUUUAAGACUCUCUGAUGAUGAAAUUGAGACAGAAGAUAUUUUAACACCUGUUUUAGAUAAUCAAGAAAACACAUCAAAAACUAAUGAAAUUGAAAUGACAUCUACUGAAACUGAAGAUAUGAAAAUUUCUUCUAUCCCAGAAAAAGAUAUAAUGAAUACAGAAGCAGAUAUAAAAAAGAAGGAACACAGUUCAGAUAACGAUUCGGAUGAAAAAAUACUAAUUGAUUAUGAAAAAAUUGUUAAGAAAGGCGAAAGUGAACUGAUAAGAAGACCACGAACAGCUAAUGUUUCUCGUCUAUGGCAAUGUUAUGGAUCACAAUAUAAGUAUCCUAGAACUCCCCAUGGUCGUUCUUUUCAUUCGGUUAAUCAAAGGUUUCGUCAUUUAACACCUAGAGGACGUUAUAGACUUCAAUAUAACUGUAAUACAAGAUUUUAUAAUGGAUUUAGUCCUUUCGAACGAGGAAGAGGUGAUGGAAUAUUUCAUUCAUAUAGAUCGAUUUAUGGUGGUAGACAUCAAAAGAAAGGCUUUAAUUCUAAUGCAAUGCACAAGCAAAAUAGUUCAACAGAAUCUGAUGUAAGUUCUGUAUCUCUAUCAAAUAAAAACAUAUCUUUAGAAGCUGAAGUUAAUGAUGAUAUUGAAACUAUAAAACUUGAUAAUGACGCAACAAUAGAUAGAGAUAAUAUAUUAUGUAGCAAAUCUUUAGUUAAUAGUGAUAAGAAUGACCAUUCAAAUGAAUCAUUGAGUGAAAAGGUUGAAAAUAUUCCUAUUAAAAAUAUUAGGAAAGAAAAUUCUGUUAACACUGAUUCUGUCAAUAAUUCAUUAGAACUAAAACAUGACUUGGAAGAAAAUACAAAAAUAAAAGUAUCUAAUGAUCCUGAAUGUAAAAAUACUACAAUCCAUACUUCGAAUGACAAUUCUAGUGAAAAUCCUCUAAAUUCUGAAACUGAUUCUCAUAAUGAUAAUAAUAGUAAGCAAAAAGGCGAAAUAAGUAAAAACGAUAUGAAUAAUGCAAAUAUUGAUUUUAGCAAUUUUUGUAAUUCUAACAAUUUCAAAGUGGAAGCAUUGAAUAUAGACAUAAAAUGUAAAUCUGGUAAAGAUGAAACUAUAAAAUAUACUGAAGGAAAAAGUAAUCAAGAACAAUACAAGUGUAUAAAUAAUGAGGAACAAGAUAAAAUAACUAAAAUAACUGAUAUAAAAUGUAAAUCUGAUAAAGAUGAAGCUAUAAAAUAUACUGAAGGAAAAAGUAAUCAAGAACAAUAUAAAAGUAUAAAUAAUGAAGAACAAAAUAAAAUAACUAAAAUAACUGAUACAAAUGGAAGUACAGAAAUUAAAGAAGUCUAUAAAUUAGAAGAACAAGAUCUUAAUAGAAAUAAGAAAUUAACAGAACUCAGUCAAGAGAUAGAUCUAUCUGGAAACAAUUGUAAGACUACUGUUUUAAAUUCCUUAGAAGAAAAGGAAAUAGUAAAUAACGAUAUAACACUAAAUGGAAAAGUAACAAAUUAUAAGACAGAUGAAAUUCUUAGGGAUAAAAAAAAGAAAAUUUCUUCUGAAGAUAUGAAAUCAAACGAAGAGUAUGAAAACAGUGAGUUUACAUCAAGAACUGUAUUAAAUAAUGUAAUUAGCAACAAAAAUGGUAAUGUGCCAGAAAAAACAGUUAUUAAGAGUGUAAAAUGUGAUAAUCAAUUAAAAAGUAGUGAUAAUAGUACAAAUUCUAUUGAAAUUAGUAAAUCCAAUGCUUCUGAAAAUCAAUUAGCUCAUCCUAUAAUUGAUCUUUGGGAACAAAAUGAGGAUGUUACUGAAAAAGAUAUAAAAACUACAGAAAAGGAAAACUCAAUAAUAAGUUCUGCAAGUAAAAAAAAUUUAAGCGAAUACAUUGAAUUGAUGUUGGAUAAAAAUAGUUCACCUAGUGUAGAACUAGAACCUAGUGUAAUCACAGAAAAUGAUUCAUUAGAUUUUGUUACUAAUACAAAAAAUAAUAGUGAUGAUAGUGAUAAAAGAACUGUUGAAGUUCCUCUGACUACUCAAAGAAGGAAAAGACGAUCAAAAAGAGAGAACGUUGUAGUAGAGCAAAUGAAUUGUGCAGAAGAAAAACAAGCAGUGAGAGAAAGUGGAAGACGGAAGAGACGAACAGCUAAAAAUGCAGAAGAGAUUAUAAGAACAAAAUUCCUCCAUAGUGAUGUAGAAUCUAGUGAUGAUUCAGAAAAGUUUGUAGCUAUAAAUUUUAAAAUGAAUCAAGAUGCACGUCCUUCAUCGCCACCUUCAUUAAAAAGGACUUGUUCUGAUAGUGAUACUCCUGUUAUGAAUGGUGGUGUUAAGAAAAUUAAAGUAAAUUUUGAAGAACGAUGUAAUGAAUUAAAAACACAAGAAAAUAAUUCUGACAACAUUAAAAACCUUAACUAUAUUCAUAAAUUUUUUCAAAGAGACUUGAAUGAAAAACUACCAAAAUUAAAACAGGAAGAAUUAGAAGAACUUCUGAUACAAAAAAUUGUUGAAACGAUUACUAUGCGCGACGAAAUUGGUAAACUAAGAGAACAAGCACGUAUAUCAGAAAAAAAUCAAGAAGUAACGCGUGCAAAAUGUCAACAAUUAGCUAAACAAAUUAAAGAUUUUGAAAUGGUAUUAAGCCGUAAUGCCGCAGAUCGGCGCGCGAGUAAUGAUAAAUUCAGUCCACCAAUUAAGAUCAAUAGAUCUGUUGGAUUACAAGUUAAUUUUGUAACGGAUCAUGUAAUGCAAAAUUUAAGGCAAUUACAACAGAAUUCUAAUAUGAAGUCUCUACAUGUUUCAAGUAGUAAUAAUGCAUCAAAUACUUCUGUUAAUGAAACAAAUAAUGCAACCAGUCCAAGGAGAGGAAUUAAAACAAGAUCACCCAGGAAAACUGAGCCAAUAACUGGACAAACUUCUGUGGUGGCACAAAGUCAUACUCAAUCUCCAAACAUUAUGACUACUAUAACUCCUGCAGCUUUGGUUGUUGCUAAACCCCUAGAUUCACAGCAUCCUCUGACACUAUCAAAUCAGUCUAAUGUUCAACAAAUUAUAUCAAAUCAACAGAUACACCCACAACAAUCACAGCAAGCUAUCAUUUUAAAUGGAAAAUUUCCAAAUCAGAUAAAUCGUCAAGGAUCUACUACAACAAACGUCGCAAAAUCUCGUGCAAACGAUCUUAUUGAUCUUACGGAUGAAGAAGAAAAAAGUAAAGCUACUACUGGUGUGCCAGUUGUAACAACUACAGUAACUGAUCAACAAGUAAAUUUAACACAAAAAACACAACAACCUUGCUUCCAAAGGGUAAUUCAGACUAUUCCUGGGAAUGUAGCCAUAACAAGUCAACCGCCUAGUAUAAGAGUAGUACAACCUGCUAGUCAGCCAACACCUACUGCUUUAGUGAAUAAUAUGAAUGCGCCUCGAUUAGCAUAUGUGAUGCCAACAAGGCAAUUAUUAAUAACACCAAAUUCCAGUCCGAUACGGCCCGUGACUUCCUGUAGAGCUUCAUUUCCAACUUUAACGUAUAAAACGGGAAUAUCAACUAUUGCAAAUGGAACGGUUCGAUUUUUGACGACUCCAGCUACUUCUAAUGUACAGUUACAUAAGCAUCCAGCACCCUUACCAGAUACGCGUAAUUAUGCUGUAAAUCCUCUUUGGAAACUUUCACCACCAGCUCCAUCAUUAAAAAUUUCUAAAGUUGCACAUGGAAUAGUAUUAUCUUGGAAUAUGAAUUUGUCGGACAAGUAUGCAGAUAUUGUUAGUUACCAGUUGUAUGCGUAUCAGGAAAUUGCUGGUGUUCCUCCUAACACGUCAUUGUGGAAGAAAGUAGGCGAUGUUCGAGCUUUACCACUACCUAUGGCGUGUACACUUACGCAAUUUUCUGAAGGAAAUAAUUAUCACUUCGCAGUUCGAGCAGUUGAUAUACAUUCCCGAAAAGGACAGUAUAGUAUACCUGGAAACAUUUCUUUAUAAAGUAUAUGAUAAAUUUUGAAUUAUUAUAUCAAUAUUAUUUUUACGCACAGUUAUAACAGUUCAUGACUCAUGUAACAACAAAUUCCGUACAGUCCUUUGCGUUAUCGUUCAAUUUAUUACAUUUAUUACAUGUAAAAUAUAUUUAAUUCAAUUACAGAAGUGUUUAUAAUGAUCAAA